GAGCACAAACACUUUGGUCUAAUUUUAACAUGCAUGACUUAGUUUGGAUGUUGAAAGAUAAGACCUAAAUCAAUAUACACUUUAACAAAUAUGUACAUUUAUUAUUGAAAACAAAAUGGGGCAAUAAUUAAAAGUCAAUUAGAAUUUUAAAUUACUUAAAUAUAAAUGAUAUUAAAAAUAUACUUAAUAAGGUUUAUUCAUUUACCAAACAGGUAAACGAAUAAACUAAUUCCUUGAGUAAAUGAAUAAAUAGGUCAAUGAAUAAGAAUAUAAUUGCUGUAUUUAUCUAAAUGUACACAAAUGUACAGUGAUCAUAUUUUAUUUUGCAGAUUGUUGGUGUCAAACACUGACUGAGUCUGAGGCUGUAGUCCUGAAACCUGGAGAAUCUCAUAAGCUGACAUGUACUGCCUCUGGUUUGGAUAUGGCUAACUACUGGAUGGCUUGGAUCAGACAGAAGACUGGAAAAGAGCUGGAAUGGCUGGCUUUGAUCAGAUAUGAUAGCCAGUCUAUAUAUUACUCUCAUUCUGUCCAAGGAAGGUUCACCAUCUCCAGAGACAACAGUAGGAAGCAGGUGUAUCUGCAGAUGAAUAAUAUGAAGAAUGAAGACACUGCUGUGUAUUAUUGUGCAAGAGAGCCACAGUGACUGAAAUGACUAGCGUUGUGCAAAAAAUAAAUUGAUUGCAACAACUUACCUUAAAAAUUUUAUUAAAUUCAGUGAAUUUAAUGAUUCAAUGAGUGUAUGUAAUGAUUAAUUGAAUUUACUACAUUUUUAAAGGUAAGUUGUUGCAAUCAAUUUAUUUUAGCUACAUUUAAAUAAACACAUUUAUUUGACUAACAUGUUUCUAUUAAUUAAGUGUUGCUAAAAUAAAUUGUCUGAUACCUUAAAAAAACGUAGUAUAAUUUUUUUUUCAGAGUAUAUUGUUGUACAAUAUUAUUUUUGUAUCUGUCACGAAUCCGGUCUGUGAACUUCCACUCACCCUCCACCAGAGGUCACUCGCUCACCACAUGGACUUCACACCAUAUAUAACACUGGACUUCAUUUCCCAUCAUCCAACACUGAUCACAGCUGUCACCAAUCACUCAUUGCACUAAUCACACGCACACCUGAUACCACGCACACACUGAUCACACACCUUAUUUCAACCCUGGACAUUCUCUCCCUCGUUGCCAAGUAUUGUAUGCAUUAUCGCUGCCCUACAGAGCCCUGUUAGUUUUCCUAGCCUCGCCUAGCCUUGCCUUUGUUUAAUCGUGUUUUCCCCUGCCUGGACUAUCGCUAACGUUUUGGAUUACCUCUCCUGUCUCGCCCCUUUGGAUUCUGUACGCUGAUCGUCGACCCACGCUUGUCUCUGUUUACUCUUUGUCUUGUCCAUAUUAUACCUGUUUGCUGUUGUUUGACCCUGCCUGUACGACCACGUCUCUGCCUAAUAAAGUCUGCAUAUGGAUCCGUACGUCUCACGUCUCAUCAGCCCCGUAACAGAAUACUCAGCCACACAAGGAUCCAGCGGCUUUUCAGAUGGACACUGGCCAGGUAUGGAUACUGCAAGACUGUUAUUGACCCUCAAGCAGGGCUUGCGAUCGCUCGAGGAAUAUGUACAAGAGUACUUAGAUAUAGCCUAUUUUUCUGAUCUGCCGGACUCAGGAGUCUCCGCUGCUCGUCCAGAGUCACAGCAGCACGUCACGGCUGCUCGUCCAGAGUCACGUCCUGUCUCCGCUGACCGUCCAGAGUCACCGCAGCACGUCUCCACUGACCUUCCAGAGUGGGGUCACGUCCGGGCUGACACACCCAGAUCUUCAAGGUCAGUCUUUCAUUAUCGUAGUCUGAUAUCCAGUGUGAGGGAUUCACCGCUGGUGUCUGCACGCACAGCUGGUAUCCCCAAACCCAAUCACUCUAGCCCUCCUGUUCCUGAACUGAUUCCCCUGUCUGAAACGCUUCUCCUGAUGGGGAUCGCAUUUUGGUGUGUUUGGGCUGCAUACACCACCACAGAACUCCCUGAGGUAGUGUCGCUCACUGCUGUGUUCCCUGAAGUGAUGGUGCCCGCUGCGGUUUCUCCAGAGGUGGCGGUACAUGCUGCAGAACCUCCCGACGCAGCGGUGCUCACUUCAGCUCCUCGUAUGGUGGUGGCGUCCAGCAAUGAACUCCCAGCCUGUUGUGUUGCGGUCAAAGAGACCAUUACUGAACUCUCCUGUGUCCUGUGUUUACCACUGUAGAACCUCCAGAGGUGGCGGCAACCGCCGCAGAACCUCCAGAGGUGUCAGCGGUAUCUGUUAAUGAACUCCCAUUCUGUUGUGUUACGGUCGAAGAGACCAUUACUGAACUCACCCUGUGUCCUGUGUUUACCACUGUAGAACCUCCAGAGGUGGCGGCAGCCGGCGCAGAACCUCCAGAGGUGUCAGAGGUAUCAGUCAAUGAACUCUCGUGCUGUCCUGUCACGGCUAUGGAGGCCGUCAAUGAACUCUCGUUCUGUCCUAUCACGGCUAGGGAGGCCGUCAGUGAACUCUCGUUCUGUCCUGUCACGGCAAGGGAGGCCGUCAAUGAACUCUCGUUCUGUCCUGUCACGGCAAGGGAGGCCGUCAAUGAACUCUCGUUCUGUCCUGUCACGGCAAGGGAGGCCGUCAAUAAACUCUCGUUCUGUCCUGUCACGGCUAUGGAGGCUGUCAAUGAACUGUCGUUCUGUCCUGUCACGGCUAUGAAGGCCAUCAAUGAACUCUCGUUCUGUCCUGUCCCUGCUAUGGAAACUAACCAUGAACUUUCUGUGUUCCCUACCUCAGUCCUCCUCAGGGGGGGGCUCUGUCACGAAUCUGGUCUGUGAACUUCCACUCACCCUCCACCAGAGGUCACUCGCUCACCACAUGGACUUCACACCAUAUAUAACACUGGACUUCAUUUCCCAUCAUCCAACACUGAUCACAGCUGUCACCAAUCACUCAUUGCACUAAUCACACGCACACCUGAUACCACGCACACACUGAUCACACACCUUAUUUCAACCCUGGACAUUCUCUCCCUCGUUGCCGAGUAUUGUAUGCAUUAUCGCUGCCCUACAGAGCCCUGUUAGUUUUCCUAGCCUCGCCUAGCCUUGCCUUUGUUUAAUCGUGUUUUCCCCUGCCUGGACUAUCGCUAACGUUUUGGAUUACCUCUCCUGUCUCGCCCCUUUGGAUUCUGUACGCUGAUCGUCGACCCACGCUUGUCUCUGAUUACUCUUUGUCUCGUCCAUAUUAUACCUGUUUGCCAUUGUUUGACCCUGCCUGUACGAUCACGUCUCUGCCUAAUAAAGUCUGCAUAUGGAUCCGUACGUCUCAUGUCUCGUCAGCCCCGUAACAGUAUCAAUAGGUGGUACUAUUGUCCAUGAAAUGAACCUCAAUGUACUAAAACUCCAAUGAUUUCACUGAUUUUACUAAGUCAUGGUUUCAAUGCAAAAUAACUGUCUGCUUCAUAUUUAAACAGCUACACUGUUGAAUGGAGGACUCCCCACCAGUUCAGCCUUCAUAUAAACCAUGUUCACUUCAUUUCUCUUGCUGUUGCUGGCUGCUGUGUCUUGUAAGUAUUGACUGUCAGGUUGUGCGCACACAGUCUGAACAGUCAGUAGUUGUGGCUCCAGGUGCUUCCUACAAACUGACCUGUGCCUGCAGUGGG